AUGUGUGUAUUACAGAAGCUGGUAAACGCUAAAUAUAAUCUAUUAUGGCAGGAAAGUUGGCCAUUGUGGGAAAUAAUUUUAGAUUUUUUAUCCAGCAAUAAUUCACCAAAACUAGUCAAGAUGUUAGAGAAAGGAAGUACAAGACAGAGAGAAAUCAGUAUACCAAUUAAAGACUUCUACAUCCAAUGGAUUGGACUAACAUCUGGAAUACAAGAGGUUAGACAGCUAUAUCAUAGAUUACAGCAACUGAAACCAUUAUCAUUACAAUUUUAUAAAACAUACCUUGAUUUAGAAGAAACACAGAGUAUUAAGAAGGUUAAGUUUAUCAGACAAGGUUAUGAAGAUGCUGUCAAUGAAUAUGGAGGUUUAAAUCCUGAUUUAUGGCUGGACUAUAUCAGGUUUGAAAGUACCCAUGGUAAACCAGAAAAUGCUGGGGUCUUAUAUUACAGAGCUAUUAAAAACCUCACAGGAGAUCAAAAUACUGAUUUUAUUUCAAAACAUACUCUUAUACAAACAGGGCAUUUACAUACAGAAUCGUGAUGUUUAUCUAACAGAGAGAAUUUUACUAACAGAGAAUUAUACUAGAAUUGCUACUUGUAAGCAUGAAAUGUACUUUUAGAUUAAACACUACAUCCAUC